GCUCGCGACCACGCGGCGUUUGCCGCCAACGACUUGAAGCACCGAUGGACACUUGGCUGGAGCCUCUUUUCUUGUCGCAAGUGGUGGCGUCGCGACGCGCCGGCCGUCAUCGAGCACUCUAUGGGUGGCAGUGUUUACAAGCUCUUUGAGAAGAGCCGCAAGUACAAGCGGGAGCUCGGCAUCAGUCAGCGGGGCGCCGACUGCUACGUCUUGUUUGAACCGCGUGAAAACGAGCGCACGAGCAUCCGUCUCAGUCUCCUCGCGAGCGUUGAUGUGAGUCACCUGCCAGCAAUGAUGGUCGCCAAGCACGCUGUCGGUCACAUUGAAGUUGACAGCGAUGGCCCCGUCGUCGUCGUUCAAGGGCAGAACGCGUCGCCGUGGGUCAUGUAG